CCUCAAGUGAUAAGGCAGUGCACCACCCACUUUUACUUUGGAAUUUGACAUUUCGCUUGACAUUAUAAUUUGGUUUAAUAUUUAUCGAAUCUAAAAUGACUACUGUGCCUCCCGUGAAACCCCCACGGGGUGUCAAACACACCAAAGAAACCAGUGGUCUAUUAAUGUCGGUAAUCCGAGCACUCUCAGCAAGUGAAACCAAUGAGCAACGGGAAGUAGAGAAGGAAAAACUAGAGAAGGAAUACAAACGUAGUGAUCAACGCCUAGAUGAAUUAGUUUCAUUACACGAUCAAGAUCUUACCGAAGUCAUGAAGAUAUUUGGUACCUUGUCCGAAAGGGUGACUGCAUCCAGAGAAAAAAUCCAUGCGGUAAAAGAAAAUUUGAAUGCCUGUAAGCAGUUGUUGAGAUGCAGAAGAGAUGAGUUAAUGAAACUAUGGCUAGAGGGUAUAGAGCACAAGCAUGUUCUCCAACUUCUUGAUGAGAUAGACCAGCUACGGGACGUUCCCUCGCGCUUAGAGCAUUAUUUAAACAGAAAGUUGUAUUUGCAUGCUACGCAACUUCUUGUUUCUUCCAUAACUCUGGGUGAAGGACCUUUGGAGGGUGUCGAAGCCCUUCGAGAGGUACGAACUGAAUUGGAAACAAAGAAACAGCAACUCCAUGUAAAAUUACUUGAAGAGUUGAGUAAACAUCUGUAUAUAGAAUCUACUAGAGAGAUACUGCUCAGGAGACAUGGUUCGGGAAGGGAUUUUCAGCGAGGAAACGAAUCCCGGAAUUCAAGAGGAAACAAAGUUCGAAGAGCUUUAUUAGAUGUUAUGUCAGCAUACCCUACGGGACAAGCACCUAGCAGGCGGACUUCAUUGGUCACUCUGGGUAUGAAUAACGUAAACGUAGAGGACCUAAACAAUAUUGUGGAGGAUGAGGAUUCUUCUAACCCUGAGGAGAAUUCUGAGCACUUUCUUGCAAUCAUAAUCGAGUGCCUUGCAUUGCUCAACAAAAUACCAGAGGCUGUGGAGGCAAUAAAAGUACAAAUGCAAACAGAGCUAUUGAAUAUAAUAGCUCGAACCUCUAAGCAAAUAAAGGAAUCAGCUGAGCAUCAGCCAAUCCUACCAAGGCCUGUAAUUACUGAUUCUACUGAAAUAAAAGUAACCAGCAAUAAUGGCUCGGGAAGCCAGGCACUACUCUUAGAACUUCUUCAAACUGUCUUUGAACAGUUUAGACUCGUAGCCGGUGCUCAUUCGACAGCUUUGCGUAGUUUCUCCUAUGUAGUGAAAAAAUACAAUCUAGAUGUACGCCUGUAUGAGAUGCCUGACGUUUGGAGUAAAGUUCAGGCUGUUCUUCAGUUGCUUCUCACGGACUACCUAGACAUUCAAAAUAUGGUGGAUGAUCCUUUUCAAACUCCAGCAACGCUCAAUGAACCCACUAGCGAUAUUAACACAUUUUUUGCACGUCGUAAACCUCAGAGACAAAAGAACAGUUUUCUUUUUAAAUUUGAUUCUUCGUCCCAUCCAAUGGCGCUCAAUAAUUAUUUAAAAGAGCAUUGCUACAGCAGUUUCACACUGUCCAAAAACGGACAAGCUACAGGCGAUAAGAAAUUAGUGUGCGAGCCGGAUCCGAAAAACAUAACAUUCAUAUUCAGACCCAUGAUGGAGUUCAUUGAAGAAAUUGAACGAGCUCUGGGCUGCAGUUCUAAAAAUCCUUGUACAUUAAACGCCUUUAUUGCCGACUACGUGAAGGAGGUUUAUCUAGGUAGGCAUCACGUCCUAGUGGCUACCACUAUAGAUGCUGCCACAAAGAGUCCAGAAGCUUGGAGAGCUACAACAUCGCCGGAACUAAUGAAGGAGAUCGGUUUGACAAGACCUUUGCUCCAGAGUACUGUGAAGGUAGAACAGUGUUUAGCAGAAUUACGAUCUCUAAUGAUAGCACUGCCUCUACAAGGGGAGCAUUUCUGCACCCUGGCACUGAACGUGCUGCACAAUUACCGUGAAACCUGCCAAGCCGCUUACAGAGGUAUAGUACAACCAGAUAGUGAAGAUAAGAGAGUCUGUUCUGCAGCGUGGCUCAAAGACGACGAUAUUAGCAGAUUUAUCAAGUCUCUGCCGAACUGGGCGAAUCUCAAAAAUGAAAAUCAUCGUGGUGCAGUGGGUAGAAGAUCUAUGAGACGUCAGGAGACUCAGGAAGAGGAGAGUCCCGAAGAAGUGCGACAGAGAAAUCUCCGGGAAGCAGAGAUCCUGGCCAGUAACCUUGGCGAGGGUGGGAUAAACUCUCACGAAAUCAUAUCAGACGUCAGUCAGCUUCGUUGUCUCGCUCUGCUCCAGGAGAGUAUGGAGUGGUUCGCUCUCUCUAUACGAUCCGUGGUCUUCGAACUGAGACAGGCCAAUGCAUCUGUUGAUAAUCAGACGACCUUACCACCAAUGCCAGGUUCCUUGGUAGAGUCUCUGCAGCAGGUGGCUGACGAGUUCGAUGAGCUCGCCAACACAUGUAUCCUGGUUCUCCACUUAGAGGUCAGAGUUCAGUGCUUUCACUACCUCUUACCCCGAGGAGAGUACAGCCACCUCUGCGGUAACGGUAGGGAUCCCCAGGAAGCGGAUCCCAGAGUCGAGGAACUUAGCAGAGUCCUUCAGCACAUAGACGAGGCUUUACAAUCUACCCUCCAUCCCAAGAAAACCAAGUACAUCUUCGAGGGUCUGGGUCAUCUCAUAGCCAAGAUCCUGAUAACAUCCGCACAAUACAUAGAGAAAAUCGACGAGAGUGGAAUCCAAAGGAUGUGUCGCAAUGUCUUUGCACUGCAACAAACCCUGACAAACAUCACAAUGGCGCGCGAGUUAGCCCUAGAUUAUGCCAGGCAGUACUUUGAGCUUUUUUAUCAGACUCCAGAAGAGAUUCUCAACGGCGUCCUGGAGAAUGGCGCCCAGUUUUCUGAACUGGAAUACAUGAACGCCUUCCAACUUAUCGCCAGAAGUCAGCAGGAGUAUACAUCAGUUAAUAAACACCUUGAAAAACUAUCAGAGAUCCUUGGAGAGGUUGGCGUAACUGUAUAAUGUUACAAAGAACUUAUUAAACACAACAUAUAUGUAUACUGUAAACCUGUAAAGUGUAACAAAGCAGUAGUCCCACUCCCCAUCACGCAAAUCACAUUAUUUUUCGUAUUUCAAAUGCCUUGUACGAUAUACAUCCCCAAAGUGACAAUUGGCCAAGAAGACAGUAGUGAACAAUCAAAUUUCUAUACAUUAGAGUAGUAUACGUAUUUAUAAUUUGUAUAGCUGUAAAAAUUUGGUUAAACCAUGAGUCUAGCUGAAAGUUGAUUUUCCUGUUAUUUCCCUGAAAUAGAAAAA